GUCACUCCCUUGAAUCCGACACAGCGACCACUAAUACGCUAGCAAGGAGUGUGCAGUAUUUCCAGAAGCUCAGUCCCCUACAACAUCAGCUUGGACCAACGCCGACCCGCACCCCGACAUACUGGUUCCCAUCACCCCUUGUCCCUUUUUAAUUAUUCAACCGACCUAUUAAUCCAUUCACUUCCUGCUCAUUUCCUCUCUUAUGUCCCAUCUUCUGCAUAUCAUCCCGUUAUUCCUUUCCGUCUUAGUUUAGAUCGUGGUUUGUUUCUUUCGAUUUCACUUUGAGCAUCUCGUCCCCAGCGUCCGGAAUCAAACAGUCCUAUCGAUUCGAACGUCCUGCUGUUUGUUUAAACGAUCUCGCCCAAACUGAAUGCACCGAUACACCAGUGUAGCUCUUAAAUAGAGCUAUCUAGAGGAUAAAGAGACUGUACAAGGGAAGGUUGUCAUACCCUCUCUGUGUCAGUAGGAUCGGGAAGAGGGCAAUCAGACCAUUAAUACCGAAGGCUCCUUUUUACACAAUGGUCGUGACACAUGAUUCCCAUCGGGGGUCCUCGACAUCCCAAGGAGUUGUCGGAUUUGCUCUCGAGGACCGAUUUGAAGUACUGAAGGAAAUUGGAGAUGGAAGUUUCGGCAGUGUAGCUCUAGCAAGAGUGAGGACUGCUGGUGCUGCCGUUGCCCGUCGAGGCACCGUGAUUGCCAUCAAGACGAUGAAGAAGACAUUCGAGUCGUUCACACCAUGCCUCGAGCUCCGAGAAGUCGUCUUCCUGAGGACGUUGCCGCCCCACAGUCAUUUAGUCCCCGCACUGGAUAUAUUCCUAGAUCCAUUUACUAAGAAGCUUCAUAUAUGUAUGGAGUACAUGGAGGGAAAUCUGUAUCAACUAAUGAAAGCCCGUGAUCAUAAAUGUCUUGACAAUGGAAGUGUCAAGAGUAUCCUCUACCAGAUCAUGCAGGGCCUCGAGCACAUCCACGCUCACCAAUUUUUCCAUCGCGAUAUCAAGCCCGAAAACAUAUUAGUUACGACAUCCGGUCAUCAAGAUUCCGCCAAUUCAUUCAGGCGGUAUUCAGCCCUGAUGACGCCGCCUUCAACACCCCCGACGUACACUGUAAAGAUUGCAGAUUUUGGUCUAGCACGAGAAACCCAUUCCAAGUUACCUUACACCACAUACGUAUCAACCAGAUGGUACCGAGCCCCGGAAGUAUUGUUACGAGCUGGCGAGUAUUCCGCACCGGUAGAUAUUUGGGCUGUCGGUGCCAUGGCAGUGGAAAUUGCUACUUUGAAACCCUUGUUCCCAGGAGGUAAUGAAGUAGACCAAGUUUGGAGGGUUUGCGAGAUCAUGGGUAGCCCUGGUAACUGGUACAACAAGGCCGGUGCUCGAGUUGGUGGCGGAGAGUGGAGGGAGGGAACACGACUAGCUGGGAAGCUCGGUUUCUCAUUCCCCAAAAUGGCGCCGCACUCGAUGGAUACGAUACUGCAGACGCCUCAGUGGCCUACAUCCCUGAGCCAAUUUGUGACUUGGUGUUUGAUGUGGGAUCCUAAGAGUCGCCCUACAUCGACUCAGGCAUUGGCCCAUGAUUACUUUACCGACGCUGUUGAUCCAUUAAGGCCUAAGUCGUCGGCAUCUAGAAUUUUGGGGCGCAAACAAUCUGAUAUAGGACGUGGGAAAGACGGUAGCUCCGCGACACCAACCUCAUCAAAGCCCUCAUGGUUCAGGAAAUCGUUAAUCGGUCGCAAUGACAGCACGGACAGUUCGGCGGCGCAGGUUAGCGUGAAGGAUAUAGUUGCGGCCCCACGCCCAUCACCAAUCCAGUCGCCGGAAGCAAACGAAAUUCCGGCCGUUAAAACUAGACCAGCCGCCGGUAAACGAACUACGUGGACUAAUGGCCCUUCGAAUGUCGCUCCUAUGCCGAUUUUGCCUACGAUCCGGCCUAUUUCGCCCUUAUCAGAUGCUGUGACUGCGCAAGCAUCGAAUCGAACCCCUCGUUCGGAUGAGAAAGGUUCUAAGAAGAUUGGCCGACAACUUUCUGUAGCAUCAAGCACAAGCCAAUAUGCUGAAAUGCAUCGACAACAGGCCGAACGAGCCCUGAACGGCAACAGUGGGCUGGCAUCGCCCCCAAGCGGCCACAAAGAAAGUUUCUUUUCUCACCUACGUAAGAGAGCAAGAAGAUUUUCCGGUAGACAUCAGACUCCCGUCUCACCUGCAUAUGAAGAUAUUGAAGCACAAGCUGGCUGCGGUCCGUGGGCUAGCAAUAGGUCCUCGAUGGUUAUUGACCAGCACGGAUCAGCAGCUAAGACCGACAACUACGAAUCGCUAGACCGGACUCUACGAGACCCUCACCACAAUGCUGAUUUAAGUACUCCCGCCCCACCCAUCCAUAUGACUGCAUCGAGUGGUAAUCUUAAGCGACACCACUCAUUGCCGCAUCAGCAACCCAGGUCCGUUGAUAAUCUAAUCGGAGCCGCCCGAACACCCGGACCAAUUUCUAGUAGAACGAGAAGGGCCCAAGCAACUCACGGUGUCCAGAGCGAUGCAUUGGAUGAAGAGGAUGAGCUCCUCGAUGAGGUACUCAACUCUACCCAUAAGGCGAUGAAGCGACUUGAGAAGGAUGGGAAAACCAAUCUUCGGCAAUCGGCUAGCAAUCUUGGACUAACGAAUCCCUACCCGACUCCGUCGCCAUCGGCCAGUGGGAAUGUUGUCCUAUUCGGGGAUGGACAUGAAGCUCUAACGCCCAAGCCUUUAGACUUACACAAGAACUCUGGGAGGGAUGGCCAGCACAAGUGGCCAACUCCCCCAUAUGAAGAGAGUGAAUGGGCUUCUUCGGCGGCUGCAAGCAUUUGGGCAGCCGGUAAUAGGUUUUAAAAAAUAACUGAUGGCGGUGAUUGUAUCAAUUCUUCCUCAUGGCAUGGUGUUAGGGGUUGCUUUUGCGGGUUCAAGGAGUCUAGGGCAUUAUAUCAGCACUCUUUUUCCAGCAUACUUCUCUCAAUCUUGGCUCGAUUUCUGUUCAUGGAUCUAGGGCCCUUGUUCGACAUUUGAUUCCUU